GAAAAUAUCAAGCAAAUACAGGAAAAUCGAGACCUGGCAGCCAUAUACCCUCCUGAGAACGUCUUGAAUAUGGAUAAGACUGGUUUAUACUGGAAAAUAUCACCAAAUCGUAUACUAGUAACUGAGGCUAGUAAUGGAGGCAAAAGGAGUAAAGAGCGAAUUACUCUUGUUCUUACGGUCAAUGCCACAGGUACUAAUAAGUGGGAGCCUUGGUUAAUUGGGAAGAGUAAGAACCCUCGAUACUUUAAGCAUGUCAAUCGUCGACUUUUGGGUAUAUAA